AAUUAUAGUUAAAUUAUUGGAGAAAUUGAGGUUUUCAGUAAUUUACAACUUUAUAAUAGCUAAAAUAUGAUGUAAUAAAGGAGAAUUCGAAGUAAUUUGACAAAAAUUACAUGGAAUUUAGGCAAGAACGGGUCGAGAAUGGGGCGGGCAGGGCAAGUCGGGUCGAUGACAAUACCAUUGCCCUCCCGCCCCACCUACGGGGCGGGUCGAACCCACCCCAAAAUAGGUCGGGUAAUACUGGUCAUGUUGAAAUUGCCAUCCCUAUUCUCCGUCGAGCGGUUUCCUCCAUGGUGGCCACCAUUGGGCCUGUCAUGACAGUGAGACAGGAUAUCUCUUAUCUCGUGGUCUAUCGCGCACCUUCGUAUCAUGCCAUUUGCUUCGAUCCUGAAGAGGUGUGGAUUCUCCUAGAAAUAUUACCUCUAGUCAGAGAAGAACUUGCGUUUAGCAUGAGUGGCCAUCCCCUUAGGCAAUUGUUUCUCACUAGAUAAUUGGAAAAAUCAGAGUACCAAGGGGUGACACUCUCCACAAAGCACAACGUCAACAAUCGCUCAUUCAGGAAGGAGUUGUUGAUCUCUUAUACGAAGUUGUCCACCGGAGAGGCUUCCAACCGUGAAAGAUGAUCUACAACAAAGUUCUCUACUCCUUUCUUAUAUCGGUUCUUGAUGUCGAACUCCUGCAGUAGCAGGAUCCAGCAGAUGAGCCUUGACUUGGAGUUAGCCUUGGUCAUCAAGUGUUGGAUGGAAGAGUGGUCCGUGUAAACCACCACAUGAGACAACACCAGGUAGGGUCGGAACUUGUUGAUAACACCAUAAUUACACAUGUUUGUUCCCUCAUUUCUUAGUAAUUUGAGCAUGGAUUGCUGCUACUCAAACCUAUUUUACGCUAUUUUGUGUUCAUUCGAUACAUUGCAGGUCCUAGCAAGCAAAGGGAAGCUUUGGCACAAGUUGCGGGUCAAUCGGAGGUCAUUUGGAAAUUUGAAGGAACAAACUCGGUCAACCAUGAGAAAGAAAAAUUGGCCAAGUUUCAAUUUCAAAGAGACUGAGUUUCGUCUUUCGAGCACAUAAACUCGGUCGAGUUACUCAAAGGCAGAGACCUGAUUUUACCUUGAAGAUGGCUGACAUUUCUACAAAAUUCGGCCUGAUGAAGACCACAACUCGAUCAAGUUUACAGAGCAUCAAAAUGAGUUUUCCUUGACGAACAACAAAACUCUCUCGAGUUUUAGCAAGGCAAAGACCGAGUUUUAUCAUGUAGUUGUCCGUGUUUCCACAAAACUUGGCAUGUAGCAAGAAAUAGGUCAGCAAACUCGGUCUAGUUUCAUGAAAACUAUAAAUACACAUUUUCAGAUCCAGAUAUGGAUAGGACAAUAUGGAGAGUGAAAAUAGAGAUUUUUGAGAGAGAAAGUGGUAGAGAAUGACAUAUAGGAGAUGAAUUUGGGCAUCCUUCCACCCUUGGGGCACAUAUCCAGUCCUCUGGAGCGUCGAUCAACAACAUGGAAGUAGAUCCAGGUCAUCCACAUGAUCAAAUCUAUUUCAUACAUGGCUUUCUUCCCUAGAUUUAUGGAGUAGUCCACUCCAUCACCUAGGUAUGUAGAACCCUAGUGUGUUAUGGUUGAUUGUGAUUGUUAUUUACUUUGUAAAACAUGAUAUUAUUUAUCCGAUUGAAGUUUAUCCACGUAAUUGUUGAUUCUUGAUCAAAUUUGUCAAUUAUUACUUUAACCUAUGAUAGAAAAUCAAUUAGGUUGAGUCAAUUGAUGGCUUUGUAUUGGAUUUCCAUUCAAUAGAGGAAAUGUUACCAUAUUGCCUUUAUAUUCCAUUCCGGUUGAGGAUAAUCUCCAUUUGAGUUUAAUCACGAGGGUUUGUAAUGCUUUAGUUGAGAUUUCAAACUAAUUCAGGAUUCUCCACAAUAAAAAUAUCAAGUUGAACAAGCUAGAUAGUAAUAGACAUCGACCUAACUAAGAACUAGGGGAAAAUAUACCCGAGUGAGUUUUCCACCCCUGAAGUCAAAUCAAAUUACUUGCCUUGCUUUCGUUAAUUUUUAAGGAACUUUACAACAAAUGACUUGCUAAAUAACGGUCACCUCACUGAGUAAGAAUACAUUUACCGCCCGGGUUGACAAAUUAAGACUUUACACCACUAUACUACUUCCCAAUUUUUGGUUGCACUUGGCCACUUAUUGGAGUUGUAGUGAAAGAGAGUCAAGUUGAACAUAUGUUACUUUAGCUUUAUUUUCUUUAUUUUUAUUUUAUCCCACCUUUCCAUUUCACAGGUUGUUUUUGUAUUGUUGUGGCAGGUUCUAGUGCAUGACCCAGAGCCAAUCGGGCAAUUUAUUACCAUUGGAUCACAACAUCAACAGCACCCUCCGGAAUUUAAAGAAAGAGAAGACUGCUAAACAAGCUCUCUUUUCAUAGGAGCCCAACAACACUUCUGGUGAUACAGAACCUAAAGUCAUGGCGGACGAAGCAAACUAGGGAGAUGCAGAGAGGACUAUGGGUGAUUAAUUUUCCCCAAAGGUCGAGGAGAUUAAUCCCAACAUUGUGCAUCCACCCAUUGCUCCCUACACUUUAGAGAUUAAAACUGGGUGGAUCACAAUGAUUCAGAACAACAUCCACUGCCACGAGCUCCUAUCCGAAGAACCGGGACAAUAUCUCCUUCAUUUCCUUAAGCUCACAGACGGGAUGAAAGCAAAUGGGGUGCCUCAAGAUGAUGUUCGGCUUUGCCUAUUCCCUUGCUCACUAAUAGGGAAAGAGCGCAAAUGGUUGAAUAGACCACCCCUUUUAUCCAUCACCUCAUGGCCUGAUUUGAUGAAGAAGUUCAUGACCCGAUAUUACCCACCUGCCAAGUCUUGUGAACUUCAGAGGCGUUAACCCAUUUUGCUUAGGAGGAUGAUGAGAGCCUUCGUGAUAAUUGAGAGCGGUAUUCAGACCUGUUCUUGAAGUGCCCACACCAUGGCUUCGAUAAUUCUUUCAAGGUAGGCAACUUCUAUAAUGCACUUUUCCGGAAGACCGCCAGUUAAUAGACUCCUUUUGUCCAGGAGGUAUGUUGAACUAGACCCCCACCUCGGCUGACUAUGGUAUUUGAUGAAUGGCUUCCCGGUGAUAUGACUGGGGAGUUCCAUGAGAAGAAAGGACAUCUCGAGAUAAGGGUGUUCAUUGUCGACUCCCGACCAUCCAUGGACUCUAAAAUGGAUAAAAUUUUGGAAAUGAUGGCAAGAAAUGAGUCUCAAGCUUCUAGCCGGGUUGCAAUUCCAGCUCCUCAAUGUGAUUGGUGCUCUAGUGCCAACCAUGCUCUUGAGGACUGUCAAGCAACGUAGGAGGCCACUACGCCUCUAGAGCAGGUGGACUUCAUUGCCAACGCCCAAAAUAACAAUCCAUAAAGCAAUACCUAUAAUCCGGGAUGCGCAACCAUCCUUAUGUGGUCCCCGCCCUCAAAUUCGAGACCACCUAGUUUCUAACCUCCUAAAUUCCAAGCACCAACGGUAUGGUUCCAGCAAAGACCCCUUUCCAGAAACAAUGACAACCAUAUCAAUCUCAACUGCCUUUUCCCACCAGGCUACACAAGGACAGACUUGAAGCCGAAUUUUCCAAAUUUAUGGCGAUGCUGGAACAAGUGCACAUCAAUCUUCCUUUCAUGGAGGCCCUCUGAAAAAUGCCCAAAUACGCAAAGUUCAUGAAAGACAUCCUCACCAAAAGAAGGAAACUUGGGGAUCUCUCUACAGUGACGUUGAACGAGGAGUAUUCAGAGAUCUUGCAAAACAAGCUACUCGAGAAGUGCAAAGACACAUGGAGUUUUACUAUCCCUAUUCUCAUUGGUAGUGUCCUUGUAGGGGAGUCCUUGGCGGACUUAGGUGCUAGUAUAAAUGUCAUGCCAUACAAGCUAGCCUAGUGCUACUAGGAUGAGUAGCCAAUUAGCUAAUCGAUCUAAUGUACAUGCUCGAGAUAUUGUUGAAGAUCUGCUUGUUAAAGUUGGCACGUUCGUCUAUCUUGCUGAUUUGUGAUUUUAGACAUAAAUGAGGUUGUUGAUG